AUGUCAUGGUUACAGCUUCUCAAGUCCAAAUUUCCCGCUAGCCAAGCCGCCCAGGAGCUCCGUUGGAUCCAGCAGGAGCUUCCCAAGUCCCAAUGGCACACAGCCGUCGAACUAAGAGCCCGGCUGGUCCCGUUGCAAUACAUUCUCGGGUCGCAGCCUUUUGGCGAUCUGACAAUAAAGUGCAAGCCAGGAGUCCUGAUUCCGCGGAACGACACUGAGGAGUGGUGUGAGGAGCUCAAGCAGAUCAUUAGCAAAUGCGGCGAGCCGGCCGAAGUCGUAGAGUACUGCACGGGUUCUGGCUGCAUUGGACUGAGCAUGGCGACACUUGCCAAUGUCAAAAAAGUCAUAGCGCUGGAUAUCAACAAACAGGCACUUGCUCUCAGCGAAGAAAAUCUGCGAAUAAAUUCGGCAAAAAUUAAGGCAAAAGUCGAGUUCCACUACGGCGAUCUGCUGAAGCAUCAGUUUCCGCAAACGACCGCUACACUGCUUCUUUCUAAUCCACCAUAUAUACCUCGAGAACACUUCAGCACCGACGGAGGUGUGGAAGAGUCUGUUCUCAAAUAUGAGCCAGAAAACGCACUAGUGGGGAACCUUGAGUUCUACAGCGCGUUGUGCGAGCUCGUGCGCCAGGGACCGAUCGAGGGGUUUGUCUUUGAGCUUGGCUACCGCGAACAGGCGGAACACACCAAAAGUCUUCUCCCGAGCUGGACUUGCGGUAUCAGAUACGAUUCUCGCAGAAACAUACGAAACGUUAUUGGCUGGAAACCAAGCUGGAAUAUUUUACAGUCUAUGUGCGAUGAGAUUCUAUGAAGCGGCCGACUCGUCGCCGCUCUUACGCUUCUUGCCCCGUCCAACAGCCUGUACACCCUCCGCCGGCAAGACUCUCAGGCCGUGGAACACGUACCCUCCACCAGCUCUGGAAGUCAUCAAUGGGUGCAACUUUCCAGGCACCGUCUGGUAGCGUCUGACUUUGGUUUCAGAAAUGUUGGUCAUGAUCACUCGUUUAUCUUUCUGCAAAACAUGGUCGAGCUCAAUCAGCAUCUCCUUGUAUUGGUGGUACGCAACGACUGGCCGCGACCCUGACAACGCUUCCAGAACACGAGGAAUUAGAGUUGCCGGGUUCAAGGUGGAAACACUCACUACCGCAUCCAGAUCCUGGUUUGCAACCAUCUCCAGUGUCUGUCUCAAUUUUUCUGCCCUUGCCAGUCUUUUUGCAUACAUGUUCCGGCGCUGCGGCGGCAUUUCCUCAACUUCCUUGUCUGUGAACUUGAAAACCUUGCCUGUGUCUUCGUCUGGCUCGAAAAACUCCAGGAAGCUGAUCGGACGCAGAAGUCUGUCCAGCUCAGCGUCAGUGUAUCCAGACUGUUUGAGUAUCCAUGUGUUCGGCUGGUCAUUCUCGUGCAACCAUAUGAUCGAGCCUUGUCCUUGCAUUCUUUCCAGAAGGGCAUAGACCAACAAUCCUCCCGUCUCGUCCAACACUAAAUAGUUUCCACCGGGCAUGAUAUUUGCAUGGCUCAUCAUUGAACCCAACGUCUCUUCGCUCAAAUCCAGAACCCUUUGCGGGUCCUUUUCGUGGUAGUAGUAAUUAAGUAAAGCCGAGGAGCUCAAACGGUCAAUUUGGAACCGUCUGGCAAACUUCUUCUGUUUUCUUGUUAGAUACUUCUCUUGAGAAAAUACGGUUUUUUUCUCAAAUGCUUCGUGGCUCUGAAUCAUCUUUUCGAUUAUUUGACGUGCAACCUGAUUACCCUCGCCCUCUUUCUUCAUAUUCUCGAUAUCCUGUGUCGUCAAUUUCUGGAUUUUCUGUCCAAUAUCUGUUAAAUCUUUGUUAUUAGCAGAGCUUUUAACCUCUGGAAUUGGGGUUCCGUCAUUACUAUCUUCGAGGUCUACAAGCAAGUCCUUGAUCGGGGACACUUUUUUGUCCGCAACGAUCUCGAAAGCUUGUCCGUAGGCGUAUCCAAACGUUCCAUCUACCAGAAAAUGGCCAAAUUUCCCGAGAUUGAUUGUCCCUCCAGGUUUAAGCUGAACAAUUCUAAGACUUCCUGACGGCAUAGUCACGAGACAGUGCUCGUUUGGCGAAAUCACCUUGUUCUGGC